CCCACUAGAGGUUCGCCAGAGCGUCAGUGCGCGUAAACCCCGGGGAACGAAACGGAUCGGUGCGCAUCCCUCUUAUCCAUACUGCACUUUUCUUUUACGCGUUACAAAGAUCGUCAUCUUCACACUGGUCUCGUGUCUUCUGCACAAUGUUUCUUUCUUUACUUUUAUCAUAAUCCAUCAAUGGAAUAAACGCGGGGAUGCAGAUGAAACCCAUCAUCAAAGACGACAGAAGCGGAGGAUCAAACGAUCACGGAGUUAUGUUUCAAACAGUCAUCUAUAAAGGGCUCCAUUAGCAUAUGUCAAGAGGGCAUUUACAUAAGGGCCAUAUUUAGGCUGCUGUCUCAGAGCAGAGCCAGUCACAUUCAGCACGCUGAGAGCACCAGAGGAGCCGCAUAAGCCUGCGUAUUGGAGUGCGUAAUACAAGUGUGUUGGAUACAGAGGGGACCGGAGCAAAGGGGAGUAGCCUGCCUGGGAAGGUCGAGAGAGCAUGUGCUAAACAGAGAGAGAGAGAGAGAAUCGGAUGUAAACGCGCAUUGACUGUAAAGCCGCAACCAGUGACUGCGCAAAACACAAGGGAGAGAGAGAGAAACCACAAGGCUGUGCUGUCCGUACGGUAACUUUUCUUCCGGUGGUUGUUUUUGAGUGUCGGUGAUGGGUGCAGUCGGUGAGCUGGUGGGCAGCUUCUCUCACGGCUUGGAAAGCUUUGGGCACGGGUCUCAUUUCGUCCUGACGCCCCCUCGGGACUCCGGUGCUCUGAUGAACGAGCACCUCGUCUCCGCGGAGCGCCUGUCACGCAGCACUUCACCGGACCUGACGCAUCUGAAAGGGAUCCUCCGGCGACGGCAGCUCUACUGCCGGACCGGGUAUCACCUCGAGAUAUUACCGGACGGUGUAGUGCAAGGCACGAGAAAAGACCACAGCAGAUUUGGUAUAUUGGAAUUCAUUAGUCUCGCCGUAGGAAUGGUGAGCAUCCGUGGUGUGGAUAGCGGAUUGUAUCUUGGAAUGAACAGCAAGGGCGAACUAUAUGGAUCUGAAAAGCUGACAGCAGAGUGUGUGUUCAGAGAGCAGUUUGAGGAGAACUGGUACAACACCUACUCCUCCAACCUCUAUCGGCACGGCGAGCGAGGGUCUCACUACUACGUAGCUCUCAACAAAGAUGGGACGUCUCGAGACGGAGCCCGCUCUCGGAGGCACCAGCGCUUCACGCACUUCUUGCCCCGGCCCGUAGAUCCGGAACGUGUUCCAGAGCUUUACAAGGAGAUAUUAGGCCACAGCUGAAACCACUGAACAUCAAACUCAAACCAUAAAAAUCGCACCUGCAUGCUCUUCAUCACCCCGGAGUCUGCUGAGAUAUCUCCAGCCAGCAGGGCAGACCUGUCUCGGGAGACAGCGGAGGAGCUGGGGGAAGAGGUCCUUUUCUGCGGCCAAGGUUGGAGCGAUAGCAGGAGAUGGAAAGCCCCUGACUGGAGUGUUUAAGGAACAACAUAUCUGGACUUUGGAUAGUUCCUGAAGACACAGGCACCAUACUGGAUCCAUAUAUUGUACCUUCUGUAUGUAGGGCACAGGGGAUUUUGGAUUAGGAGGGAGCUAAAUUUCCACGGGUGGACUGCUUGCCAGAGAAUGAUGGACAACCAUACUACUGAAAAUUCUAGAAGGCUUCUGAAGGAAUUCUGCGUUAUGCUUUUUGAGAUUUCAUAUUAUAUUUUAACACUGACAUGGACAAGCGGGAGACAAAAAACUCCUCAGAACAUUUCUCUUUAGCUCCUUUAAUUUAUGUUUUUUAAAGAUAUUUAUUUUAUAUAUUUAUUUAUUUUGAAAAGUAUAUUUUUACAAGAAUAUAUGCAAGAUGUAACACGACGUCACAAGAGCUUUAUUUUCUACCACUAUAGACAGCAAAACUUCUAUCUAGAUAUAGAACUACUGAAGAAAGUAUUUUGUUUUCAGUUGUAUCAGCGUUCCAUGCGGUCCCAUGUGUUUGUUUAUCCCUCAUGUCAUUAAACCAGAUUCAUAAGAGCCUGAGAAUGUUCCAGAAAUCACUGGGGAAUUAAACAGUUCAAAUUA